GAGCAAGCUCGAGCAGCAGCUAAAGCACUCAAAAGCUAGCCCGUGACUUUGGACCGAAAGUCCCCAACUUAGGUUUGGACAAAUAUGGCGGUUUUGAUGUUGUUGACUUGACGCUAGCGUCCCGCUUUCCUUGACUUUUGUAAAUCGGCGCGAUAGUUUCCAAGUUGAGUGGAUUACAUGAAUCGUUUAGUCCAGUGACAAAAAUCGAGAAUAUUUCGUACUUAUUUGCUGCUUUGAUCAACUACAAGUGUGGCGUCGGGGCGUGCUUUUUUGAUAAGCAUUGACAACCGACAGACAAGAGCUGUUGUGUUUGAAGAUUCGCUUAACGAAAUACAAAAGUAGACAAUAUGACUGAUACUCGACGACGAGUGAAGUUGUACGCUCUUAAUGCGGAAAGACAGUGGGAUGACAGAGGUACUGGACAUGUCACAUCUUCAUAUGUUGACAGGCUGAAAGGAGUAUCACUCCUAGUCAGAGCUGAAGUUGAUGGUUCACUACUUCUCGAAUCUAAAAUUCAGCCUGAUACGGCAUAUCAGAAACAGCAAGAAACGUUAAUAGUCUGGUCUGAAGGUGACAAUUUCGAUUUGGCACUUAGCUUCCAAGAAAAAGCUGGUUGUGAUGAAAUUUGGGAGAAAAUCUGUCAAGUACAAGGCAAAGAUCCUUCAGUUGACAUUACACAAGAUUUCGUUGAAGAGUCUGAAGAUGAGAGAUUUGAAGACAUGUCUGACACAGCUCCGCCUGUGGAGUUGCCACCUUGUGAACUCAACAAGCUAGAAACCAUAAAUGAGUUGAUUGCAAGCUGUCUUUCGUCAGCUGUAAGAAGAGAAAAAUUGUCUACUGCUCUUGAAAUUGAGGGUUACAUUCGAAAGUUGUUGAACCUUUUCCACAUUUGUGAAGAUCUAGAAAAUCUUGAGGGUUUACAUCACCUGUUUGAGGUUUUCAAGAAUAUCUUUCUUCUCAACAAGAAUGCCCUGUUUGAAGUUAUGUUUGCGGAAGACACAAUUUUCGAUGUCGUCGGCUGUCUUGAAUACGAUCCAAAUGCUAAAAUCCGGAAGAAACACCGUGAUUAUCUGAGACAAAUGGCGAAAUUCAAAGAAGUUAUCCCAAUUACUAACCCAGAGCUAUUGGCUAAGAUUCACCAAACGUACAGAGUACAGUACAUCCAGGAUGUUGUCUUGCCGACGCCUUCGGUAUUUGAAGAGAAUAUGCUAUCGACGCUUUCUAGUUUCAUAUUUUUUAACAAGGUUGAAAUUGUCAGUCUCAUACAGGAUGAUGAGAAAUUUUUAAAUGAGUUGUUCACUCACUUGACGGACGAAACUAUGGAAAUCAGCAAACGACGGGAUUUGGUUCUUUUCCUUAAAGAGUUCUGCACUUUUUCACAAACUCUACAGCCACAGAGUCGUGAAACGUUUUUCAAAACACUGGCCAGUCUAGGCAUUCUUCCAGCGUUAGAAAUCACACUUGGAGUUGACGAUUUGGCUACCAAAUCGGCCUCGAUCGAUAUUUUGUCGUACAUUGUCGAAUUUUCACCAUCGAUGGUUCGGGACUACAUGCUGCAGCAGGUCAACAGCGCUGAAGAUGAAAACUUGCUUCUCAACAUCAUCAUUGAGCAGAUGAUGUGCGACUCUGAUCCGGAACUAGGCGGCGCUGUUCAACUCAGUGGCAUUUUACGAUUGCUUAUCGACCCAGAAAACAUGCUUGCAUCCAUCAACAAGUCAGAAAAAGCCGAUUUUCUUAACUUCUUCUACAAGCACAGCAUGCACGUGCUAGUAAAUCCACUAUUGUCUAAUACAACCAAUGAUCGCCCGACGAAAGAAGACUACCCCACCGUUCAACUGCUGGGGCUCAUCCUUGAACUCUUGUCUUUUUGUGUCGAACACCACACGUAUCACAUAAAGAACUAUAUCCUCAAUCGCGAUCUCCUUCGGCGUAUCUUGGUCCUUAUGAGGUCUAGGCACACUUUUCUUGUCCUCAGUGCCCUUCGUUUCUUACGGAAGAUCAUUUCACUUAAAGAUGAAUUCUACAAUCGCUACAUCGUGAAAAGCAACUUGCUUUCGCCGGUCGUGGAUGCCUUCUUGCGCAACAAUGGCCGAUACAAUUUGCUUGAUUCAGCCAUUCUUGAACUCUUUGAGUUUAUUAGGUCGGAAGACAUCAAAUCUUUGUGCGUUUACGUUGUCGACACCUUUGGCAAGGCACUGGAUAAGGUCGAGUACGUCCAGACCUUCAAAUGUCUUAGGCUACGAUAUGAUCAACAGCAAGAUAGAAUAGGCGAGAGAGAACGAUCGACAUCAGCACUAGACAGUGUCCCUUCAAUACUGCGAACCACAAGAUACCGACGUGAUCCCCGUCAGCUGGAAGAGGAAGAAGAAAUUUGGUUCAAUUCAGAAGAUGACGACGCCGAAGACAAUGGGAGCGACGCCGUGACACCUUCCCAUACGGCAUCAAUACCCUCCAAUACCCAGCAGGUGCAAACAGUCGCCCCUACAACAUCUCCAACAUCGCCAAUCGCCUUUUCAAAGGCUAACGUGAUAUCCCCGAAAGCGAAUCACAGCGGUGGCUCAAACAGUCCCAUAAUCGGUGCAUCUUCUAAUGGCGGCAGCUCUUCGCCUUCAACGUUGUCUCCUACGACAUCUCCUGUUCCUCCAUCAACAGAUGUCCAGUCGCCCUCUACUAUGAAGAAGGCGUUGGUUGAUUACGAUGGUGACUCUGAAGAAGAAGAGGAAGCAACAGCAGCAGAUCCAAUCCCUGGGGAAGUAGCAGAAGAAGUGGAGCCUAAAAAGGACAUUGAUUCUGCUGUCCCUGUUAUUUCCCCUGUUGACGCUGGCGAAGAUGACGACGCGGAAUCACCGAACAAACGCGCCAAACUGACCUGAGCUACUCGUCCAUCUCUUAAUUUUAAUACUUUAUUAGCUCCACUUUCUUCUCUCUUUCAUUCCCCCUCUCUUUGUCCAGCUAGCCCCUAAAAGUUUAUGAUUUGCGGGUGUUCCCAUUGGGAGUGCGUUAACGAGGCGGUAGUUUCAGUGCAUUUUGGGGGGGUAGAAGGGGGAAGAAGAGCAGCAAAAGAAGUGGCGAAAGAGUACAUCCUCGGGCUCUCUUUUUCAUUCUUUCGUUUUGUGAAGAGAGAAAACAGUGUAGCAUAGUAGCAACAUCGACAAAGAGAUGUAUCAAUGUGUUUUCGGACCAAUAUGAACGUGUGCGCAUCGCAUGGAAUGUAGUAGACGAGAAUCAAAUGAUGUAAGAGCGAAUGUGCGGUCACUUGUGGUGUUGCUCAGUGAUGUUCUGCUGCCGAAAAGCUUGCUGCUCUGUACAUUUUUUCCUUUAUUGUUAUUUGAUAGAUUAGAUGGUUGAAUCUUGACGUCCGGCGUCCUCUCAUCUCUCCCCGCUUGGAUCCUUUUCCCCAUUAGCUUUGCUCGACGACGCCCGGCACCUGACGACAGCUCCUUCUUUUCAAAUUAAGCCUACCUACUCUCCCCAUAUAUUAUCCAUCUUUUCUCAUACAUACACUCCCACCUUCCACUAUCCCAAAAUACCAAUUGCUGUAUAUUGUAUGUUAAGCCAUACAGUUAUAGCCGCACAACCUUUUUAGGGAAACUGCUGCGCUGCUCUUCUUCUUCCUUCUUUUAAAUAAGUUAGACUGGAUUUGUUCAUGUGACACUGCUGGAUUGACGGAUCAUGCGGACUCUCCUAAUUGUUUCAACAGUUUACUCGUGUUCUCUUCUUGUCUCCUAUCCUUUCCCCAAGCGAAACUUCUUCACAAUGUCCCUUGAUUGUUGUCCUUCCUCUUCUCCCACCAACCCUUACAAUUUUCAUUAUUUUCGUGCGUUUCCCUAAAAAGGCAGGAUUGUGUGCGGUCCUUCCUCCUGAAAAAACUGUACUGUAAUCGCGAUUGUAAGAUGUAAUCGUAUCGCGCGGUUUUUAUAAAGAAACUUCACGGUCUGA